GGGUCUCCUGCAUCGCAGGCAGAUGCUUUACCAGCUGAGCCGUGAGGCUGAGUCCCCUGUUGACUCUGGCAUCCCAUCCAGCUUGUGCUUUUGAAGCGGGAUACCUGGGCCGCACCAGGAGUUCAUGGUGCUGGGGUACUGACCCGUGAAGAUGAAGAGAGACCUGUGGCUUCACCCUGAAAUGUCACUUUCACCUGCAGAUUUGGGAACGUGAUUGUCAUGUGGAUUCCCAAAAGCGUAUAACACAGGGUCAAUUGCAAAGCCCGCGGGAGUUUUAGAGAUGAGACUGGAGUUCAGGCAGAGCUCCUGCUCCUCUCUGGUCGCUGUGUGGAAGCACCACCUUCCUCAGGUAGGGGGCCUUGGAGAGGCGUUUCCUCGGGGGCUUGACUGUCAUCUGGAGGAGACAGGCUGGCCCUGGACACCUCCCUCACUUGCGACAAGCAUCAGAGGCCCCCGAAGAGACAUCUUCCAGCACUUGAUGGUUAAAGGGCUCCUGGCUGGAGCCUCUUUGUCUGGGUUGAAACCUGGUCCUCCCGGAAGGUUGGCUGUUGGUAGACACGGUUGGAGGUGGAAGGCGGGACGUAUGGGCCUCUGUCAGGUGAGACUGAGCCCAGCGGACCGUCGGGCAGAAGCAGCGUCAUGUCUGGGGCACUCAUAUCUGUGGCCCUGGGGAGCCUGCUGCCCGAAUGAGUGUGACGGUCGGUCCAGGACAGGUGCCACCUUUAGAAGGCCGGAGCGCGUCUGUCGCUGCAGGAGACCUUGGGGGUCACACGGGGCAGUCCCCUUCACUUCAUGUGGUUUUGUCUUCCAUCGCUUGCUGUCUGCGUAGGGUUACACGGGAACACGCCAGGAGGGCUCCAGGCCUUCUCAGGGAUCAGAGGGGUAUUCCUGUCUGCAGCCACACCCGGAGGGCUUCUCUGUGGCCCACGCGGUGCGUGGUGCCGCCUGCCCUGCCCCGAGCCCUUGAGAGAUGGUCUCUCUUUGAUGCUGCUCACCUUGCAAGCUUGUGCAAUCUCGGGCCUCUUCAACUGCAUCACCAUCCACCCUCUGAACAUCGCGGCCGGCGUGUGGAUGGUCAUGAACGCCUCUGUCCUGCUGCUGUGCGAGGCGCCCUUCUGCUGCCAGCUCGUGGAGUUUGCGAACGCUGUGGCAGCUAAGGCAGACCGGCUGCGCGCCUGGCAGAAGGCCGUCUUCUACUGCGGGAUGGCGGUUGUUCCCGUCGUCAUCAGCCUGACCCUGACCACACUGCUGGGCAACGCCAUCGCCUUCGCCACCGGGGUGCUGUAUGGGCUGUCUGCGCUGGGCAAAAAGGGCGACGCAAUCUCCUACGCCAGGAUCCAGCAGCAGAGGCAGCAGGUGGACGAGGAGAAGCUCACGGACGCCCUGGAGGGGGAGCUGUGAGGCAGUUGGGGCCCUCCUGCCCCCGCCCGCCUCCUGGUCUGAGUGAGCUUGUGCUGAGGAGCGUGGACCCCGAGGGGUCUGGGGAGGAGCCCACGUCUGGUUCUCUCAGUCCUGCUCACCUGUCCCCACACCCGGAGUCGUCUCUCUGCCCCCCGCCACGCCCCGCCCUUGGCAUCACCCUGAGCCAAGUGCCAAGGGGCAGGGUGAGGGCUCGGAGGGCCUCACCAGCAGCAGCAGGGUGAGCAGAGGGAGCCUCGGGGUGACCAGCUGCAGGGCUCUGCACAGACACCCUCCUGGCCCCACUGUUUCCAGCUGGCCUGGCUUGGCCGGCCACAGGCCAUGGGGUGGAUUUCGAGACUUCGAGUGGCUGGCGGGACCACCCACUGUGACCGGCUGGAGGCCUGGGAGGAGCUGCUCCUGGGGAUGUGGGUCCCGUCUCCAUGUGGGGGUACAUCUGCUCGGGCCUCCUGGCCUCCCAGGCAGGAGCAUACCCCAUGAGCUGAGCUGCCUGGACCGCUUCUGUCUGGCCUCCCACCACCGCCCCAGGCCCCGCCAGUAUCCUCCAUGGGAGCCCCCAGACGCCCCUCCAGUGCCCCUGCCGGCAGCCCUGGCAGCCUGACCGCUGGCUGGGGUGUGCUCCGGCCUCUGGUCCCGGCACCGUGGAUGAGCACAGAAGCAGGCCUCUCCCCUGGGCCUGGCCGGCCUGGGCCAGCCGUACGCGGCUCUGGGGCUCCACCCCUGCUCCUCCCAGGAGCCUGGGGGACUGCGCCCGCCUUCUGGAGCCAGCCCCAGGGCUGCACCCAGUCUUUGCUUCCAGAUGGACCUUCGUCUCUGGGGGUUGCUAGGGUUGGCGGCUGGGAGGCAGGCCCUGUCCCGGGGAUAGCAGCAUGCCCCCAGCCCUCAGCUGGGCUGAGCUCUGGGGUGGCAGGGUCUACCGUGCGGCCAGCCCGGCGUGACACGUGCCUUCAGGGGUCCUCUGGGACCAUCUUCCUUAGGCCUGCGCUGGGGUCAAAGGGCUGUGGGCUGUAGGCCUCUCCCGGCCGGCAGGGUGUGUGCGUGUGCGUGUGCGUGUCUCCUGUCUGUGCCGUGGAUCAGACUGUCUACCUCCCUGGAGCAGCGAGGGCCCUGCCCACCUCCUGGCUCAUCCUUCCCCAGGAAGUGGGGCUCUGGGGUCACUCCUGCUUCUGCUGGGUCUCCCUGCUGACAGGGGUCUCCCUGCUGACGGAGUCCUCCCUGCUGAUGGGGGUCUCCUUGCUGCAGGAGGGAAGAGCUGGCUGUGUGUGGAGCAGGGUUGUGGCUCUGGCCUGUGAGGAAGCUGGGCGGGUGUUAGGGAGGCCCUCCAGCCCCUGGGUCACAGGCUAGAGUGGGCAGGUCACCCACCGAGGUAGCCAGGACUUGCCCACCCUGGGGGUCUGGGCUCUGUCCUCCCGUGCUCCUUGUCGACUCUCCGUGUCUGGCUUGUGUUUUGAGCAAUAAAGCCCGGUGGCGGUCUGUACGCUU